AUGGCUGCCCCAAGUCAGAACCAGAAGGCCACCUACGAUGCCAUCGUCAUCGGGGCUGGCAUCCAGGGCUCUUUCACCGCCUACCACCUGGCCCAGCGCCACAAGGACACUCUCCUACUGGAGCAGUUCUUGGUGCCCCACUCACGGGGCAGCUCACACGGCCAGAGCCGAAUCAUCCGCAGCGCCUACCCCGAGGAGUACUACGCCUGCAUGAUGCCCGAGAGCUUCCGCCUCUGGCAGCAGCUGGAGGCUGAGGCUGGCACCAAACUCUACAGGCAGACGGGACUGGUGAUGCUGGGCCCGGCGGGAGAUCCCGAGCUGGAGAAGUACCGCCGCAGCCUGGCUACCAAUCAGGUCCUCGACGCUGCGGCGCUGGCCCAGAGCUUUCCUGGCUUCCGGCUCCAAGCUGGUGAGGUGGCUGUGUUGGACAGCACUGCUGGGGUGCUCUUCGCUGACCGGGCACUGCGGUCGGUGCAGGGCUUUCGCCGACACGGGGGCACCCUGCGUGACGGGGAGAAGGUGCUGCACAUUGAACCUGGGGCCACGGUCACUGUCACCACCACUGCUGGGGUGUACCGAGCCCCUCGGCUCAUCAUCACGGCUGGAGCCUGGGCUGGCCCCCUCCUGGAAUCCCUAGGGCAGCCGGAACUAAUGCAGUGACUCCAGCCCCUGCGCAUUGACGUCUGCUACUGGAGGGAGAAGAAGCCUGGAAGUGCCAGCAUGGGCAGUGUCACUCCCUGCUUCUUGACCCUGGGCCUGAGCCAAGCCCCCCAUGGCAUCUAUGGGCUGCCCUCCAUUGAGUACCCAGGGCUGAUCAAGGUGUGCCACCACCAUGGUAGCCCCAUUGAUCCUGAGAAGAGGGACCAGGUCCCGUCAGGUACUCCCUGCCCUGACGUCAGCCUCCUGAGCAGUUUCAUCAGCAGCUAUCUGCCCGGGCUGGAGACCCAGCCAGCCGUGAGGGAGACCUGCCUCUACACGAACACUCCAGAUGAAGACUUCAUCCUGGACAGGCACCCCAAGUUCAACAACAUCAUUAUUGGUGCUGGUUUUUCAGGCCAUGGGUUCAAGCUGUCACCAGUGGUGGGGAAGCUGCUGUGUGAGCUGAGCCUGGGCGAGAAGACAUCCUACAACAUGGCCCCGUUUGCCAUCGCCCGCUUCCCUGGUGUGCUCCAGGAUGCACCAUAG